CUCCAGCUUCUCUUUCCAGAUAGUCUGUUACGCCUCCAAGGACUACUACUACUGGUAACCUGCUCUUCCAGGUAGAGUUUCUCGAAAGUCGAGACCGCCCUCCUUCAAACCUUCUAGAAGAAGAAGAGUCAAAGCUGCAUACCGUGGUUAUCGUAAGCUGAGGUACUUCGUGCCUCGAGCGACCCUACUAUAAAAUGCCGAAGGAUGAUUGGCCAGCCGCGCGUCACGCAGCGAACCCACGGCUCUCGUAUCGCGGUAUUCGCCAUGUACGAGAACGGGCGGCAGAUACAUGAUAAUGCGGAUUAGGCAGGUAGCUGAGGUCCAGGUAGCUUCGCGCGGACCUGUUGUAAUAUCGAUAGCUAGCCUGAUAGCCGUUAUCUACCCCCUUCGUUAUGUAAACGACUAUAAGAGGUGUUCGUCAAGCUCUCAGCUAAAAAAAAGUUUGAUGCUUAAAAGUCAACGAACCAUUUCGUCCUUUCUUCUCAUCCCAUCAUCGGAGUAGCUCCCUCGUAAUUCGGAUUCAAGAUGCUGUUCAAGUCUGCUGCCACUGCCGCCCUCUUGGCCUCUUCGGCCGCGGCCCACUACAUCUUCCCAAGGGCCGGGGACAACUCUACCAGGCUUUGCGGAACCCCUGAUCCGACUCCCGAGCAGAUGGCAGCUUCUGAAGUCAUGCUUCAGAAGGAGCGAGAGAUGCGCGUGAACGGAAACUUUCGCGCUCUUGCGUCGAUCACCGUGAACACCUACUUCCACGUCGUGGCGGCGUCGACAAGUGUUGCGGACGGCUAUCUAACUGCAACCAUGAUUGCCGACCAGUUGGCUGUGAUGAAUAAAGAUUAUUCUCCCCACGGCAUCACGUUCAACCUAGUUGGCACCGACUACACGGUCAACUCUAACUGGGCGAGCGACGGAAGUGAGCUAGCAAUGAAGCGAGCGCUCCGCAAGGGCACUUACUCGGACCUCAACGUCUACUUCCUCGGCAAUCUUGGAGGCGGUCUGCUCGGGUACUGCUAUUUCCCCACGACCGCACAGUCGGGUUCGACCGAUUUCUACCUUGAUGGAUGCACCAUCUUAGGCCAGUCUGUGCCCGGCGGCAGCGCAGCUCCUUAUAACCUAGGUGGUACCGUUGUUCACGAAGUCGGCCACUGGAUGAACCUUUACCACACCUUCCAAGGUGGCUGCAGCGGAAGCGGAGACUCUGUCGAUGACACUCCUGCCCAGGCUUCCGCAUCUUCCGGGUGCCCUGUCGGCCGAGACAGCUGCCCCGGCGGCGGUGUCGACCCCAUCCACAACUACAUGGAUUACUCUGACGAUGCUUGCUAUGAAGAAUUCACCGCUGGCCAGGAGGCGCGCAUGUAUAGCGCUUGGUCCACCUACCGUUCUUAGAGGAUGUUUUUGAUGCAGGAUGUUGGAUUAUUGGUUAUACCAGAAGUUCGAUAGCAUUGUGUUUGGUGAAGCGGUCGAUAGAAGGUUGGCCACUGUAGUAGCGUUGGGGAUUUAGUGAAAAAUCUUCUAGGAUUACCUAUAAUUGAAAUCAACAUCAAGCAAA